AUGGAUAAACAGCAGUAUUAUGAUCAGUGCAAACGGGUAAGGGAUAUCAUCAAGUCGUCAAAAAUGAAUUAUUACUCUGCAUUUAUUCUUGAAAACAAGUCGGAUCACAAAGUUUUGUUUAAUACAAUAGAUCGUUUGUUGCACCGCAAAUCUGAAAAACACUAUCCCACAUGUAAUUCUAUCACUGAACUGUGCAAUUCAUUUGCCAACUUCUUUUCUGAAAAAAUUGUGGCAAUAAGACAAGAGAUUGAUGAUUUACCUAACGCUGAUUCUUUUGAUUUUGAGCAGUUUGAUGAAAUGAUUAUUGAUAGUGAGUUGACUGAACUUUUCCCAACAAGCGUCGAAGAACUAUCGGCUCUUGUUGGCAAAAUAUCAACCAAAUCGUGUAGUUUGGAUCCAGUGCCUGUGUCACUACUCAAGAAUUGCAUCACCGAUUUACUACCCAUCAUCUGUCAAGUUGUAAAUCUCUCAUUUGAAUCCACUAUAAUGCCAACUUCCAUGAAGCAAGCGUUGCUAUCUCCGUUAUUAAAGAAACAAACUUUGAAUUUUGAAAGCUUCUCAAAUUUUAGACCAAUCUCUAAUUUGAAAUUUUUAUCGAAGGUUAUUGAGAAAGUAGCAGCUUCGCGUUUAUGGGAUCACCUCUGCACAAAUGAUCUAAAUGAGAUAUUCCAGUCGGCUUACAAGAAGUAUCACAGCUGUGAAACGGCACUUGUUCGAGUUCAGAAUGACAUCUUGAAAGCCAUUGACAACAACAAAUGUGUGAUUCUUUUAUUGUUGGAUUUAUCUGCUGCAUUCGAUACUGUUGAUCAUGACAUUUUGUUAAACAGAUUGCAGUCAAAUUUUGGUAUAAAGGGAAAAGCUCAAGCAUGGUUUCGGUCGUAUCUUACAGAUCGUACACAUUUUGUCAAAAUAGAUGGGAGCAGUUCAUCAGUUCAUCCUGUCAGUUACGGGGUGCCACAAGGGUCGGUGUUGGGACCAUUAUUAUAUCUGCUAUACACGUCUCCAUUGGGAAAUCUAAUGCGAAAACACGACAUAUCAUUUCAUCUAUAUGCAGAUGAUAAUCAUAUAUAUACCACGUUUGGUUUCAAUAAUGAUGUUGAACUCUCGUUGGCGACGUGUCGGGUUGAAAGAUGUCUAGCUGAUAUCACCAACUGGAUGUCUGCUAAUAAGCUAAAACUCAAUACUGACAAAACAGAACUCCUUGUUCUCCACUCGAAGUUUCGACAGAUUUCGUUGCAACCAAACAUAACUGUUAGAUCUGACACCAUUAAAUCUAGUGAAAAAGCACGAAAUAUCGGAGUAACGUUCGACAGAACAUUGACAAUGUCACCUCACAUAAAUGAAGUGGUCAAGGGAGCUUUUUAUCACUUAAGGAACAUAGCCAAGAUCAGAAAGUAUAUUAGUGCGGACACAACGGAAGUACUAGUUCAUUCGUUUGUCAGUUCAAGAUUAGACUUCUGCAAUUCACUUUUGUAUGGUCUACCUAAGUAUGAACUCAAUAAACUGCAAAAUGUACAAAAUUCAGCAGCACGGGUUAUAGCUUGCUUGCGAAAGUAUGACCACAUCAGCCCAACUUUAAGAAACCUACAUUGGUUGCCAGUUCAAGAAAGAAUAGUUUUUAAGAUUAAUUUAAUGUGUUUCAAAAUAGUAAAUAACAUUGCUCCUAAAUAUUUACAAGAACUUGUAUGCCGUUAUGAACCAACAAGAAUACUUCGCUCAUCAGCAGAUAAAUGGCGUCUUACAGAACAACCAUACAAAUUUAAAACCUAUGGAUAUCGGGCAUUUUCGGUAACUGCCCCAAAACUUUGGAACACACUGCCAGUGGAUAUUAGAUCUAUAACUGACAUUAAUAUUUUUAAAUCCAAAUUAAAGACUCAUCUUUUUAAAUUAGCUUAUGACAUAUGACUUACAGUUAUAAGAGAUUUUAUUUUAAUAUUUUUACUAGUUUUUUAGAUAUACAUAUAUAG